UUUCUUGGACAGUUACUGAUCUGGAUGGAACAGACUUGUAGACAAGACUCAUUUAGGCUCAGAUCAUAGGGCUUCUUGAUGCCCAUCCCUGUGGCCAGAGCAGCAUAUACGGCUCCCCUUACCCUCUGGACCCUUCUGGGAAGUGAUAUUGAUCUCCUUCUCCCCCAUUGCACCCACCGCCAGCCAGUCAGCCCCUCCAGUGUGGAGAACUCAUUGCUCCCUGCAGCAUCUCAGAAGUCCCUACUCUGGUAUUCGACAUAGAUUUUCAGUAAGUUAGCAGACCUAACUCCAUAUAGACUGCACCGUGGCUUUUCAGGAAACUUUGAACUUAUCUGCAUAAGAAAUAGCACGCAGAGGAGAUAUGAGCCCUUACAAGGCUAAGAGCAGAAUUCCAAGCUGUAAAUCCAGCAAGCCAGGCAGUAUUCACGUGUUAAUCACUGGCGUGCUCCUCUGAGGAGCACCCCGCUCAGCUUUCUCCAGUUCCUACUCUUGUGCUGCAGCAAGGUUUGGUGACAUCUAGGCAGAGCCCCCUCUUGGAGCUGCCCUCCCAGUCCUGUUCUAGUAAGGAGUGGUCACAGUGAUCUUUCCUUCCCACUGCACACAACGGCAAGGCGCUUCUUAAAGGGACCUUCCAGCUCCUCCAUGCCGUCGCCAACCCGAGUAAGUGCAGGCUCAGGAACCCCAGCUUUCGCCUGAGGAUGAGUGGGGAGGGGUCCUGAGACGCCUCCACCUCCACAUCCUUCAAAAUCCGGGAAGGAGGCAGCUGACUGACAGAGUGGAUGGAGACCUCGGGUUCGCGGAGCCCGGCUUGCUGUUAGCUGCUUCUUGGGAUGCUCCUCUCCAGUUGAGCCUCCUGCCUAUGAUCCAGAGGGUGCUAGCGGCGCAUCUUGCGGUAUGCCUGUGUUGCUUUGAGCCAGCGCCCAGAAGCCAGCCCUCCGCAUCCAGGCACCUCGGACUGGCUCCAGGCAGGGUUGUGUGCAGUCACCAUGAACGCUCAGCUCUAGGCUUCUGCAUCAGCCUCCUGACCACAUGGAUCUGGCUGUUUAAUCAGCCGAGCUCACAGACGGGGAAGAUUGGGGAGGCUGAUCCGCGCUCCAGCUGCUGAAACAACUUCCAGCCUGGCUGUUUACUUCUUUGGGUCCCCGGGACUCUGUCCUGAACCUCAGCCUCUCCUGAGACUCUGUGGGCUCUGAAGUCAGCUGCCGGGACUCCUCUGAAGGCAUCCAGGAAGGGGGGCAAGAGGGGUUAAAAGACAGCAGAAGUCCCCCAACUGCUCACCCUCUGCCGACCGCCUGUGCUGUGGGGUUCUGAGAGGACCUUGCGCUGGUCCUGGGAAGCAAUGCAAGUCUCUAUAGCCUGCACAGAGCACAAUUUGAAGAGUCGAAAUGGUGAGGACCGACUUCUGAGCAAGCAGAACUCCACCGCCCCCAAUGUGGUGAACGCAGCCCGGGCCAAAUUCCGCACUGUCGCUAUCAUCGCUCGCAGCCUGGGGACCUUCACCCCUCAGCAUCACAUUUCUCUCAAAGAGUCCACCGCAAAGCAGACUGGAAUGAAAUAUAGGAAUCUUGGGAAAUCAGGACUCAGAGUGUCUUGCUUGGGUCUUGGAACAUGGGUGACAUUUGGAGGUCAAGUUUCAGAUGAGGUUGCUGAACGGUUGAUGACAAUUGCCUACGAAAGUGGAGUUAAUCUCUUCGACACUGCCGAGGUCUACGCCGCUGGGAAGGCUGAGGUGAUCCUGGGGAACAUCAUCAAGAAGAAAGGCUGGAGGAGGUCCAGCUUGGUCAUCACAACCAAACUCUACUGGGGUGGAAAAGCUGAGACAGAGAGAGGAUUGUCAAGAAAGCACAUCAUUGAAGGACUCAAAGGCUCCCUCCAGAGGCUGCAGCUGGAAUAUGUGGACGUGGUCUUCGCAAACCGUCCAGACAGCAACACUCCCAUGGAAGAAAUUGUUCGAGCCAUGACACACGUGAUCAACCAGGGCAUGGCAAUGUACUGGGGCACCUCGAGGUGGAGCGCGAUGGAGAUCAUGGAGGCCUAUUCUGUCGCGCGACAGUUCAACAUGAUCCCACCCGUCUGUGAACAAGCCGAGUACCAUCUUUUCCAGAGAGAGAAGGUGGAGGUCCAGCUGCCAGAGCUCUACCAUAAAAUAGGGGUUGGUGCAAUGACAUGGUCUCCGCUUGCCUGUGGAAUUAUUUCUGGAAAAUACGGAAAUGGGGUGCCAGAAAGUUCUAGAGCUUCGCUGAAGUGCUACCAGUGGCUGAAGGAAAGAAUUGUAAGUGAAGAAGGCAGAAAACAGCAGAACAAGCUAAAAGACCUUUCUCCGAUUGCUGAGCGCCUGGGAUGCACCCUACCUCAGCUGGCUGUGGCGUGGUGCCUGAGAAAUGAGGGUGUGAGUUCUGUGCUCCUGGGAUCAUCCACUCCCGAGCAACUCAUUGAAAACCUCGGUGCCAUUCAGGUCCUCCCUAAGAUGACAUCACAUGUGGUAAAUGAGAUUGACAACAUUCUGCGCAACAAGCCCUACAGCAAGAAGGACUAUAGAUCCUAAGGCAGUGCAUGAGCCACAGAACCUGCAUGGGUACAAUCAUGGUGGGUAGGCAGUGCAGAAAGACCUUACUAGACACUUUUCCAUCACUUAGCAGCUUGCUGCUCAACCUCUGGUGUCCCAGGAUUCUCUGAGGUUUCUGCUGUUGCUACCACUGUGCACCCUGAAUUCUGAACACAUGAAAAGUCACAGCCCAGAAAACCCAUUCUAUUUUCUUAUCUUGAACUGGUCCCCGAUCCUUGCAUUGCUCUAUGCACCUCAUGCUUCUGCAAUGGAAGGAAGAUUAGAAUAGGGGGAUCUAUUAUCUUCAGACAUUCGUAACUUAAAGAAGGCUGUACAUAUCUAUUUUUUUUCAAAAGAGCAAAAAUCACAGAACAGAACAGAAUGUGAGCUACAGAGGAAACAGGAUAUCCUCACUCUUUAGUCUUGCCUGGGAGAACAAACAGAACUAACUUAUGUAUUUUUUCGUAUUUCAUAUUCACAUUAGUAAGUUUUAAGUCACCUGUCACUCUAAAUUUUCUAGGUACUUGCUUUCACUAUCAUUGAAGUUGCUUGUUGUUGCUUGGCCCUGUACAGUUUAUCUGGGGUACCUGUUAGGAUUCUAACGUGUCUAUUUACACAUAGAGGUAUAGAAGUAUGAAUACCCCAUCUUUACUAGAUACAUAAUAGCUAAUUUAUAAAAGGGUUACAAUGCUAUGGAAACAGCUUUGAAUAUUGUGUUCACUUUUUACAUUUUAUUAAAGCCUGCAUAUACUUUCAGUCGCUUGUAGGCACAUCUGCAAAUUUAAGUAUCUGAGAUUUAAAAAUACACACAUGCUCAGAUUUUUUAAUUAAACCUAUAAAUACCGAGAAAGGCAAGUGUCCAGUUUACCACUGGGGCAUUACAAUAUACGGCUUGGUAUUUUCUGAGGAGUUAUUAACAUGAAAAGCAAAGCAUAAGCAAUGUAAAAAAAAAAUGCUGUCAUUCCUCAGCACAUUCUGGGUGAAUUAACUUGCCCAGAGAAAAAGCAAAAUAUUCAAAAAGCUCCUGAUUUUAAUCACACACUACGUUGUAUGCAUGAGAGCUCUUUGCAUGAAAUAAGGGGCUCAGCUUUGUGCUCAGAAUCUGAGAUACACCCGGUCUACUCUACUCCACCUCACUGCAUCCCACCUGAGAAAAGCUGUAAGGCUACACGGGAUGGACACCUGCAAAUAAGGAGAAAUCACAGGAUGUGUGUUUCUUUCUUUUCUGUAAAGGUGGGGUCAUUUUCUAACUCCAUUUGUCCAUCUGUCGAUGGACAAAAUUCUACUUUACCUCUCAGCAAGUUCUCCAUCACUUUAAAAUCUACACAAGAAAUACAUGAACUUAAAAUCAUUUUCAGGUAUUUAUCACAUGGCUAAGUUCUAUAUCUUAAACUAACAGGGAAAGAUACCAACAAAUACAUGAUUGUUAUUACCUAGAGUCUAAUAGGCAAUUUGGAAGUCUGCCCAUGAGUAUGUGACUAAUGAUGGAGAUGAACUUUCCAGCUAUUCAUUGUAAAUUUAAUCCACUGAACUACUUACUGUAUGUAUAAGUGAGUGGAGUGCUGUCUAAAGGAAAUUCAAUUCAUUUGCUUAGAGUAAUAAAGGCAUCUGUGCAAUCCCAUAAUAGA